UCGCACUCCGUUCAUUAGCGCUCUGCGCAGCACAAGUUGAAGGUUACUGGUCUUCACCACGACACGUCAGGGAAAACUAAACUGCAUUUUGAAAGAAAAACAAUGCAUUUCUUAAACGCAUGAGCUUUAGCAGUCGCAUUUGUCACACGGUUAAACCGGCACAGCCUUAGAUAUUAGUGAACAAGUGAGCAUAUUGUGGAGCGAAGACAGCGCACGGCGCGUAGGGACAGAUCAUGCACUGUCAAGCCGAGUUGAGGCUCUCCUCCCCCGGGCAGCUGAAGGCUGCCAGGCGCCGCUACAAGACUUUCAUGAUUGACGAGAUCCUCUCCAAGGAGACUUGUGAUUAUUUUGAAAAACUCUCUCUCUACUCGGUGUGCCCUUCGCUCAUUGUACGGCCGAAGCCUCUUCAUUCAUGCUCGGGCUCCUCAUCACUACGUGCCUACCCUCUCCUCUCUGUGAUCACGCGACAGCCUCCCAACCUGCCCCUCCACCUCCCCCAGCCAUCGUCUCCGGGCGGGGUCCCCUCUCACCUGCUCUCCCCGCAGCAUCUUCGAGGCUCCGAGCCCUCACCCAGCCAGACGCCCCUCAGCAUCAGCAGCGAGUCGGAAACAGAACGCAGCACGCCCCGCCUGAAGAAGCAACGCCGCAGCCGCACUAUCUUCACAGAGCUGCAGCUGAUGGGCCUGGAGAAAAAGUUUCAGAAGCAGAAGUACCUGUCCACACCUGAUAGGUUAGACCUGGCCCAGUCACUUGGACUCACACAGCUCCAGGUGAAAACAUGGUACCAAAACAGGCGUAUGAAGUGGAAGAAAAUGGUGCUCAAAGGAGGUCAUGAGGCCCCGACCAAGCCCAAGGGAAGACCCAAGAAGAACUCCAUUCCCACUACGGAAGAAAUAGAGGCUGAAGAGCAAAGAAUGAGGGUGGAGGAAGAGGAUAUGAAAAGGAGGGUGAAUGAGGAGGCAUCGCUGGCUCACGGAGGAGAGGUGUCUCAGUGUAAACCUCAAGAUCUCAGUUCAGAAACUCACAAUCCAGCUGCAGCGAUGAAGAAAUCUGAGCGAGAGCCACCACUCCCGAUGCAGUCAGAGACUCACGCAGCCAGCUAAAAAAAGAACAAAACAACCAAAGACUGAUGCCAACCUGAAAACAAACAGUGCCUCUGGAUCACUGUAAAAAGCCUAUUUGGUGUUUAGAGCCAUUUGCUUUAGGGAUUCGACUGGAAACAUAUUGCUGGAAUCCAAUCUUUACCUAAUGCAGUUUUUUGUGUGUUAGAAAACGUACAGUACAAAGAGCUAAACAUGCAUAGACACUGAUUGCACUGGGACAAAUGGCCUUUAAAACUGUAAAAGGUGUGUAAAUCGUCAAAAUCAAGCAGGUCAAUCAAAUUAAAACACUUAUCACUGCAUCACCUGUCACCUAUUGUGCAUUACAUCUAUGAAAGGUCAAACACCGCCGGCCCUCCGAGAUGCCUCACGUAGUGCAUGUGCCAAAAUAUCAAAGGUUUGCCUUACUGUAGUGUCCCUAUGUAUCUAUGUGUGUUAUAAAUGACUUCACUGCCAAAAACUAUAAUGUUCAAUGGCCACAGUGCCUUGUCUGUCUCAGAGGAAAGCUUUUUAAGUGUUAAUAAAAUGCAAGUAUAUUUUUUACAGUGAUUAUUCAUUACAAGUGCCAUUUUUGGAGAGAGUUGUAAAGUUUUGAACACUUCAGUGUUUACGUUGGAGUUCUUCUGCACAGCUUUAAGGUGCAAAAGUGUUCAUUAUUUGGUCGGUAAAGCUUGCAUUGUUAGUUUUUUGAUCUGAAAAAUCAAUAUUUCUGCCAAGCCAUACACUGUAUCAUACUGUAGAAAUGUGUAUAAAGUAUAAGAUAUAUGGUCUUUCGGAUAUGUAUGUAAAACAGUAUUUUUAACUGCUGUUUUAUAUUGGAUUAAAAUAGUUUGUAUGUAUAAUGUUACUGCCGUCCCUGAUCUUUUUUCUCCUUUCACGGGAGUCAGGAUGACUCUGCUUUCUGCCACGAGGCCACUAAGACUGUUAAGCUGUCAGAGAUUCUCAGAGGGAAUAAAUCAUAGCCUGUGCCAAAGAUGCUCAGCAAAUGCUGAACAUUUAAAAUCUCAAAGACAUUUUUAGCCUGCAGGGUUUGCAUUAGUACCCCAAUCAGUAUGUUUGACUUGUAUUAACAAAACACUAUCUUCAA